AUGCCUCUGAUGAUCGAACAUAGAUACGGAUGGGCUGCCUACAAUAUUCUUGUGCCCAUGGACAUCACAUAUCGCAAAAUACACGUUGAGGGCAUCAGCUCUGAAACUGUCCGAACAAACACUAGCGGCACAGUGGUUGGCAUAGAUUACUUACACACGGAUUCUUCAAUGUUUUGGUCUGAUAUUACCACUGAUACUAUCCACCGCGCUAAACUCGAUGGUACAAGCGAAGAAGUACUUGUUACUACAUGCAUCUCUUCUGUCGAUGACGUUGCCGUGGAUUGGGUGUCAAACAAACUCUACUGGACUGAUUCUGUUUGGUCAAGAAUAGAGGCUCUCGACCUCGACACAAACAUAAGGGUUGAAGUGCUAACAGCAGGAGCAAACAGCAUACCGAGGGCAAUUGCCGUCGAUCCUGUCAACAGAGCCAUGUUUUGGACCGACUACGGACUUACUGGUAAGAUUGAAACUGCAGGGAUGGACGGCAGCGAAAGACGGAUGCAGGGCAACAGAGACUGGAGUAUUCCAACUUUGAUGGCUCGGAAAGGACCGUGGUCGAAACUGCAGGAACCGGACUGGUGUCUCCAUUGCGUCACUGUUGUAGACGACAUUCUAUUCUGGAGUGACUGGGAAACCAAUAAGAUCUAUGCCACACAUAAGGAGCAUGGGGCACUGGAAAAUGAGGGAUACUUCAGUGAGAUAGUUACUUUCCUUGACACUCUGUACGGAAUAAAAGCAUUAAGAUCUGAUCUACAGCCACAAGCUGAUAACCCUUGCCUGAACAGUGAAUGCAGUCACAUGUGCUUACUAACGUUUGUGAAUGGCGCUGGUUUCACCUGUGCUUGCCCAGAAGGAUAUGAUUUUGAAAAUGAUACCUUCUGUAAACCCAAAGAAGGACCCCAAACAGAUUGUUCUAUCACUCCUGGCUCUUGUGCAGCAGCAUCUUAUGAAACGUGCUGCGAAGAAGGCUUCUGUGCAGGCUCACCUGCUAAUUGCUUCUGCGACGAUAGGUGCCACACUCGUGGAGAUUGCUGCAUUGACAUCAACGACACUUGCCUUGAAGGUUGGCCUCGGCUUUCAAGGAACAUCUCAGUAAUAGACAACACUGGGCUGUCUGUAACAAUAGCCUGGCUGGUCCCCUACAUUGCCUCAUCACCAGAGACGUACACCAUUGGGUAUGGCAUCAGCCCGGACAGUCUUACCUUAUUCACGGCAGUCUCGAGUGGAUCUAACACCAGUAUUGUCGACCAGGUGUAUUACAGGUCCCUCCCAGGACUAACAUACACAACAACGUACUAUUUUCAAAUUACAGUCACAAAUGACGUUACUGGUUCCACUGGUGUAAGUACGGAGAUACUGUCAUUCACCACAGCCGAAGGAGCUCCAAGUGCGGCACCAGCAAAUUUCACUGUUGCUGUGGAUGCCACGGAAGUGUGUUUGGCAUGGGAUCCCCCACCAAAAGAUCAACAAAACGGAGUCAUCGUAUCUCACAGACUACUCUGCUCUGGCAGCGAUACGACAUACGAACAAAUUGUCAAACAACACAUAAGGAGCUACUGUUUUGACAGUCGAGUUGGAAAUGAGGUGCUUUCCUGCACUGUAGCGGCUAGUACUGGAGCAGGAAUGGGGCCAAGUACUGGGGCAGUUGUAGUAACUACCGAAGCAAUGGACAGUGGAACCCUCAAGAUGCUGGUACUGAAUGCAACAGUUGGAGUUGACCCAGUAAUCUUACCAGAGUCUGAUGAGGGUACAUUUGGACCCAUAACCCUUCCAAACUACGGAUUUCCGUUCUGGAGUAGUGACCGAGAGGAAGUCUAUAUUGCAAUCAAUGGACUACUAGCAUUUGAGCAACCCUACGGAAGUUUCUUCAACCAGCCAUUCCCAGGCAACUUCUUUAUAAGCUCCCGCUAUCUAGUGGCACCGUUCUGGGAUGAUGCCGAUACUAGGGGAGGAGGUGGACAGAUCUUAUAUGAGGUGCACACAUCCGGUUACCUCUUGGAGCACAUAAGUGCAUAUGUGAGGGCACAAAAGCCAUCACCAUUCCAAGGAACGUGGAUGCUCGUUGUGUUCUACGAUGCAGUUCAUCCCUACUUUGGUUCAGGGGAAAACUCAUAUCAAGUGAUUCUUAUAACCGAUGGUACCUACACUUACACUAUAUUUACCUACGACUGCGAUCUUAUGGGGUGGGGCACAAGUGCUACGAUUGGAUUCAAUGCAGCAGGGGAAGAAUUCGUGAACAAUGAGUACACAUCGAAUGCGAUAGCAUGUUCCAGCCUUCCACAGUCGACUAUCACCAAUGUCAUCUACCGACUGAGUGAAAACAACGCAGAGUAUGCCUUACCAACUGACAUUGUUGUUGAUGGCAUUGAAGAGACAUCUGUAACCAUUAAUUGGGUAGUUCCAUCAGUUACACAACAGCAGCAGUACACGGUAUUUUAUGGCACAGACCUCCAGAACCUUGAUCAGACAAGUGCUACUGUGCUCAGUAAUAGCGAUACAUCACUCACAAACCAGCAGUAUUUCGUAGUAAUACAAGGCCUACAAGUAGGCACAACUUACUACUUCCAAAUAUCCGUCAGCAUUGGGGAUUUGACAUUCACGACUGACGUGAACGAAUUCCGAACACGUGAUCUCGCACCAACCCUUCCACCGCAAAACAUCUCCAUAUCUGUCGAAGGAGUUGCUGUAACUCUAGCAUGGAGCCCACCACCUGACACCCCAGGCCUCCUCUCCUACACCCUGUACUGCUCUAAUGAUGAGACAGAAGUUGUAGUAAAGACAAUCCAGUCCUUUACCCUAGAGGAGCUGCGUCCCAACAUUCUGUAUAGUUGUUACAUUCUAGCAUCCACCAGUGGAGGAGAUGGACCACCUGCUCCAUUCAGUUUCAUGACAGAAGAUGUACCUGCAAGCAUAUCAACUCUACCUUUCGUUGCAAUGAACACUUUGUUUGGAGUGGAAGAAACAAUAUUCCUUGGUGGAGAUGAGACAACUUAUGGGCCACUGCAGUUAAAUGGAGGGUUCCCCUUUGGCAGUACCACUCAGACGCAAACAUGGGAAAACACCUUCCAAGCCAUACUUGUGACCGACGGGGUGCACUCGUACGCAAUAUUCACCUACAAGUGUGGUCUGAUGCAGUGGGACAGAGGUGCAACAAUCGGUUACAAUGCUGGAGGAGAGAAAUUUGCCAACAACGAUCCGUCAUCGUCGGCAGUGGCCUGCCUGAACACACCCGAAUCAGACUACAGUAACGUCAUAUUCUUGCUCAGUGAGGAAUCCCCCGAGAUUCCACCCCCACAGAAUGUUACAAUAACUGGUAUCACUACCAGUGCUGCUACUGUUUCGUGGGUGAUUCCAUCAUUCAUAGCACCUGAAGAGUACUACGUAUCAUAUGGGACUGAUCCCAAUAACCUCGACCAGACCAGUGAAACUCUCAACAGUCCUCAAGACACGUCUGUUACAGACCGAGCCUAUACGACCACUCUUACUGGACUGGAUUCUGGUUCAGCCCUAUUAUAUCCAACGCAAACUGCAUAUCUUGUAUUAAAUCCUGUUGAACCAACAUUUCUGGAACCAUGUGAUGAUUGCUCUUCCGAAGAAAUUGUACUCCCAAGCGAUUUUCCAUUCGGAGGAUAUUACCACCAAUCUGCAUUCGUUAGCACAAACGGUCUGAUUUCGUUUGGGCGGGAAGUUUCCAACUCAAAUCCAGUUCUCUUCCCGUCCACCACCGCCAUUGUAGCCCGAAGCUACAUUGUGGCUCCGUUCUGGGCUGAUUUUGACACCACUACUGGUGGCCAGGUGUCUUGGUGGAUACAGACAGGAUCAUCAAUACAACUUCUUACUGCCUCAAGCUUUAUCCAGCUACAAUAUGGAGAUGAGGACUUUACGGCCACAUGGAUGCUAGGUGCAUACUGGGAAAACCUACAGCCUGAAAACUCUUUCCAAGCUGUUCUGCUAACAGACGGUUCAAAAUCCUACGCUGUUUUCACAUACACGUGCGGAUCGCUGCAGUGGUCUGAGGCAGCGACAAUAGGAUUAAACGCACCAGACAACAACAUUGUAAUCAACCAUCCGCUAUCAGGCACGGGGUUCACUGAUGAAAUAGCCUGUAUUCGUACCGGGUCAGACACGAAUAACUUAAUCUAUGACCUGCAAACAAGCUCAGUCAUACUUCCAGUGACACCUACCCCAUACAUCAGCCUAGGAAGCUGCGUUGCUGCUGGAUAUACAGAUUGCUGCGAAGGUUUCUCUUGCUUUGGGGCACCAAUCCAAGACUGCUACUGUGACAGCACGUGCACAUUGUUUGGUGAUUGCUGCCACGAUUUCGACCAAGUUUGUGAUGCUCCUGGAGCCUUUAAUGUUCUUGUGGGUCACGGCCACCACAUAUCACAAAUCCACUACGAAGGACAAGCCACAGAGACUGUGAGGACAAACACAACGGGGACAGUAGUUGGAGUCGACUACUCUGAGUCGGUAAUGUACUGGACAGACUGGGGAAUAAAGGCCAAGAUAGAGGUAGCAUCCAUGGAUGGAUCCGAGAGACGAGAUUUUGUCGUCGAUGACCUCUCACAACCGAACGCCAUCACCAUUGAUCUCGAAUCAGAGAGAGUCUAUUGGGCCGAUUCCAACCUUGACAAGAUAGAGUUCAUCAGUUUUGAAGGGACUGGCCGAGUGCAGGUAGAAACAGAGGCAACGGGACUGCUCCACCCAUUUGGACUCAGUGUUGGGGGUGAAGUUCUUUUCUGGAGUGACUGGGCCACUAACUCAAUAUACGGAACUCACAAAGAGCAUGGAGCAAACGAUGGGCAAGGUUACUUCAGUAUCAUUGCUACCUUUGACUCAGCUCCAAACGGACUUGAAGCUAUAAUACCUGGAAGACAACCUCAAGUUAUCGGCGGGUUCCCAUCUCCCACCCCACCAUCGGACGGUUUGGAUCCCUCAGAUACAUACUAUUACAGGGUCAUAUCUAGCAAUGAUGCUGGAGCGACUGGAAGCAUUGUGAAGAGCUUCAUGACAUUAGCUGGACCACCAAGUGGACCGCCUCUGAACUUUGCAGUUGAAGUUGUCGGCACUUCAAUGGCACUUUCAUGGUCUCCACCUAACGUCAUGCAACAAAAUGGAGAUAUUACUAACUACACAGUCACAUGCACAGGAAGCCAACCCGUAGCCUCUGCCACUACCAGUCAGCUACAGUUCACAAUCGAUAUUUUCACCCCUGGAGAAACUUUCCAGUGCACUGUAUAUGCAACAAACCAGCAUGGAGAUGGGCCACAUACUGACACCUUAUCAGUUACAACAGAAGUUGUUUUUCCUGGAACUCUGGCAUAUCUGCCUCUUCUUGACAUUGGGGACAGCCAAAUUCUGCUGCCUCCCAGUGACGAAGGAAUUUCUUCUUCUAUAACCCCAUCCGGCAAUGGAUUUCCAUUCUGGAGUACCUACAGAUCAUCAAUCUAUGUGGGAACUAAUGGAAUACUGUCAUUCGACAGUGCAUACGGUUCUUGGCUCACUUCAGUGUUUCCUGGUUCGGUCAGCUUCCGAUACCUAGUGGCUCCAUUCUGGGAUGAUGUUGACACCAGAUUCGGAAAUGGACGGGUCUCUUAUGCAGUGUACAAUUCCGGAUAUGCUCUUGAUCACAUCAGUGGAUUUAUCCGAAGACGAAAACCGUCAGACUUCCAAGGAACGUGGAUGGUCGUAGCCUUCUGGGAUUCCGUGCGACACUACCAUAGCUUCUACAAUAGUGAGGAAAACACCUAUCAAGCAAUUAUAAUAACAGAUGGAACUGUUUCAUACACCAUCUUCACCUAUGACUGCAACCUCUUUGCAUGGGGAGGGUUCACCGUCAUUGGAUUCAACGCCGGCGGGGAAGCGUUUGAGAAUAACGAGUUCACCGACAAUUCUAUUGCCUGCUCCAGUCUCCCGGCCUCCAAUAUCACUAAUGUGCGUAACAUUACAGGUCUGACUCAGGGAACAGACUACUACAUCAGAGUCUCGUCCACGUUUGGUUACAACGUCAUCUACAGCGACCUCGUGUCCUUCACUACUCUUGAUCCGCCACCAACUGGUCCUCCAUUGAAUUUCAUUAUUGACAUCAGGGGAACAACACUAGACCUAUCAUGGGAGCCACCAGCGCUAGAACAACGAAAUGGAGUGAUUCGAUAUUAUACCCUCAUCCUCACACACGAAGAUGGGCAAACAAUAACCUUCCCGCUGAACAAUGUGACUCUCCUUUCCCUGGACGAAUUUGUAAUUAACACACAGUUCAAUUUCACACUCUCUGCUUCAACAUCCGGAGGGGCAGGUCCCACCACAACCGCAACAGCUACUACUGACUCGCCGAGUGACACGUUCCUGCCUCUGAUACGUGCGGGAAGCUUGAGGUCAGUUCCAAGUGUUCAAUUUGAGGAGGUGGACGAUGGGACAUCAGAUGCAAUUGAAACUCCUCCAUUCCCCUUUGGAGACUCCACACAGGACACAGUUUAUGAAAAUACAUUUGAGUCUAUCCUGAUAACUGAUGGAACAUACAGCUACACAGUCUUCACAUACCAGUGUGGACUUAUGAACUGGGAUAAUGGAGCAACCAUUGGAUUCAAGGGGUCCGGUGACUUCUAUGCAACAAACGACCCGUCGACAUCAGAUGUUGCGUGUCUCAAUUAUCCCGCAUCCAACUACAGCAAUGUCAUCUUUUUACUGAGCAGUAUCAGUGCAGAAAUACCCAUGCCAGAUAUGGUGACUACCAAUCCACUGGCUGAUUCUGUGAGUGUGACAUGGAGGAUACCCAGUUUCACAACAGAGGAAAAAUACUACAUCCGAUACGGCACUGACAGAUACAAACUCGACCAACAAAGUGCCUCCAUUGCCAGUGAUUCAGACACAACAAUGACAAAUCUAACGUACAAUCUGGAGAUAACCGGACUUGAGCCCGGCACGAUUUACUACCUCCAAAUCGUGGCUGUGUUCGAAAGGUUUUCAAAGAGGCAGAGUGAGAUUGCCAUGUUCAGGACAAAGGAAGACGAGCAAGCAUACUACUUGGAAUACCUGAAUAUCAUUGAUGGAGCUAGUACGGUUGGCACUAAUGGUCUAAUCACAUUUGGAGAGCCCAAUGAUGCUAAUGAUGGUGGACCAGAACCGUUCCCAGUAUCAUACUGGACAUAUGCAGUUGCUCCAUUUUGGCAACAGUUCAACACCACGGGGGAAGGGAGGGUCCUUUGGAGAAUAGUAAACGACUCAGACUCGCUGGACAUGGUAAACACACUGAUCAAGGGCGAAUAUGGUGAUACUGACUUCGAUGGAUUCUGGAUGCUUGUCGCUUCAUGGGAAAACGUUCCAGUAACAGGAGACUCUAGUGUCAAUACCUUCCAGACUGUGUUGAUCUCAGCUGGUACCAAGUCAUAUGCCAUAUUCACCUACAAGUGCGGUGAAACUAACUGGUCAGGACCGUUCGAGAUAGGAUAUUUCGCCCCACCAACAAUGUUUUACAACCAUCCACUCUCAUUCGGGGAAUUUGAAUUCUCCGAAUUAUCUUGCACUCACGUUGAGUCCGUCUGGAACAACAUCAUCCUUGAUUUGCAACCUGGAAACACCAUACUACCAUCCACACCACAACCACCUCUCUUUACAGGCAGUUGUAGAGAUGCUGGCUACGACGAAUGCUGCACUGGUGGUGCAUGUUUGGGAACGCCCGUGGGAUCACCUCCAUGCUACUGUGAUUUCAUUUGCGUGUUUUUUGGCGACUGCUGCUUCGAUGCUUCCCACUCUUGCCACGCUCCUACUUAUGAUCUGCUGGUUGGAAAUGGAAAUCAUUUGUCAAAGAUACACUUUGAAGGGACAGCAUCAGAGACAGUGCAAACAGUUUCCAAUGGGAAUGUAGUAGGAGUCGAUUUCCACGCAGGACGAUCUCUAAUGUUCUGGUCGGAUACAAUGAUGGACACCAUUCAUCAAGCAGACAUAAGUGGGGAAAAUGAAAUAGUACUGGUUGACUCAAAUAUUAGAGCAGUAGACGAUAUUGCUGUGGACUGGAUUGCCAACAACUUGUACUGGGUCGACAGUGUGUGGGCUCGGAUUGAAGCACUCAACCUUGACAGUCAGGAGAGGGCAGAGAUUGUUCGCCUGGGAGCUAACACCCACCCAAGAUCCAUAGCAGUAGAUCCUGUUGACAGGGUCAUGUUUUGGACAGAUUUGGGUAUGACAGCUAAGAUAGAAAGCGCCUUUUUGGACGGUGAAGGCAGACGUACUAUUAUUGAGAAUGACCUUUCCCAGCCCAAUGGAAUCACAAUAGACUACACCACGCAGAAAAUCUACUGGUCUGAUUCCGACCUAGACAGAAUCGAGUAUUCCAACUACGACGGAACCGAAAGGACAGUGUUAGAGUCUGUGAAUGAAGGCCUGGUACAUCCGUAUGGUCUCAGCAUUGUCGAUGAGCUCCUCUUCUGGACCGACUUGGGGUCAAACUAUUUGUACUACACACACAAGGACCACGGAAAUACGGAAGGAUUGGGGACCUUGCAGGCUCUGGCUCAUUUCACCUCCUCUCCAUACGGUGUCGAGGCACUAGUUGACUUCCGACAAGCUGCUGGUGAAAAUCCAUGUGAAGGGAACGACUGUGACCACAUUUGCCUACUGAGUGGCACCAGCUCUACUGGAUACACGUGCGGAUGUGCUGCGGGCGCUGACCUACAAAAUGACGACAAGAGUUGCUCGACUGAAACAGAGCCAGAAGAAGGUUUCUGUGCUAGUGCCGGAUAUGACAGAUGCUGCAGCCACGGAUUCUGUGCUGGCUAUCCAAGCACCUGCAGCUGUAACCCAGAGUGCCAUGUUCUAGGAGACUGUUGUACAGAUAUCGAUUCUGUGUGCCAACAAGUAAUUCCAAACGAACCGAUCGAUGUGGGAGUGACGUAUCUAACCCACAUUGAGGCUCGGAUUGAAUGGACUGUGCCUUCAAUUGUGUUUUCUGCGGAGACCUACACACUGAUGUACAGCAUAACCCAGGAUGAUCUCAAUACCUUGAUGGGAGAGACAAUGUCUAGUGGCACUGAUUUGUCACUGACCGACCAAGUAUACUCCGUAUUACUAAAAGACCUUUCACCUGGCACCAAAUACUACUAUCAAAUAAAAAUCGAAAACACGUUUGGAAUAAGACUCACCCAGAUAUACAACUUUGACACACCAAUUGUGGGCCCGCCACAAAACUUCACAAUUGAAGUCUUGGGAACAGAAACCCUAUCGUUCAACUGGGAGCUACCUCUUGAUAUAGAGCUCAAUGAAAUAGACUACUUUGUCAUUGACUGUGACCCGAGCUUCCAGCACGACAUCACCGAAAUUGUCUUGGACAGCUUCUCCGAAAUCCCUCCAUCGUCCAGGUUGGAACAAACGGAAUUGUAUCCUUUGGUCAACCUUUCUAUUUCAAUAAUCCGAGCAUUUUCCCGACUGACAAUUUCUUCAUUCCAUUCGACCAACGUAACUGCUCCCUUCUGGUCCGACAUGGACACGCGCGUGGCGGGAUCGGUCAGCUACGAAACGCACCAGAGGGGGUCCAAUGCCGAAUCAAACGUGAAGCUGGAGAGGGUCAGUGGAUUCAUUGCUGCUCGGGAGAACAUCAGUUUCACAGCUUCGUGGAUGCUGUUGGCACACUGGGACAGAGUCCAUCCUUACCCUCAUGGAUUAAUAGGCAGUAGUGGAACCUCUGGACCGUAUCAAGACUUUCUGAACAGCGAGAACACAUUUCAAGCUAUAGUCAUCACUGACGGGAUGCUCAAUUUCGUGUUGUACACCUAUCAGUGUGGUUUGAUGGGGUGGUCUGGGCAAGACCCUUAUGCCAACAUCGGCUACAACCUCAACGGGGAGUAUGAGAAUCACCCACUGAGUGGGACGUCAAGUGCGAACACCAUUGCCUGUCUGUCUAGCGGUGACGACAGUAGCAGCGAACCUGUACGCCGCCGUCAGACUUCUUCCAGCUGGUACAAUCAGCUCUACCAGCUCCCCUCCGCAGUAGAUCCCAUUCAGCAACUUCGAGCCGAGUGCCUCACAAUGGAGCUCCUCGAUAUUCAGACAAAUGGUGACAUUCUGCCCUUGGCGAGAUCUCUCGGAGCCUGUCCUCCAACCAUCAACCAGGCUUUCCUCGAUUUCCGUUUCACAUUCAGAAGUGAUAUCUCCAGUGUUUCACUGUGCUUUGCCUAUGUUUUUGGUGCCGGGAGUUCGGACAUAUCAUCCCUCAUCUGCUGUUACACUUCAGCGUCAAGUAGUGCUCCUGGUUCACUGGUGGUGGGCGGGAAACACGGAAGCUCAAUUGCUCUCUACCAUCCAAGACUUUUCUCCGAAGAGUACCAAAUGUUUGACAAAGACUUCAGGGAGAAGUGCUGUGAUUCAGGACUCUGUGAAGUAUUCUAUGCAAGAAGGGCAAUCGACAGCACCAUAUCCUAUGUGCCACUAUUCUUUGGUUGGGGAUUCGGGGACCCACACAUAAACACAAUGGACAACACCAGCUACACGUUCAAUGGACGAGGAGAAUACACUCUCGUCGAGGUACUCAGCACUGGAUUUGUUCUGCAGGGACGUACCGAGCCUAUCUCCGAAACAACAAAUGCCACUCAGUUUUCGGCAUUUGCAAUGGGCAUAAAAGCAGAGGACCUAUCCGCAGAGGUCCGCCUAACGCGAGGAAGAUUGGUGUCGUUUAUCAAUGGGGAGGAUAUCAGCAGCACUAUCGAAAACAUUAAUGAUACGGCAACUGGGGAAAACAAUGCUGUCUAUCUCACUCGAGUCGGUGAAAAAUCAAUCAGAAUGUUAUUCUACAGGGAUGGGUUGGCAUACGUGUUCACUGUGACCCAAAGGGAAGAUAUCAUGGACUUUGUCUUGAAUUUGGACACCUCCCUGAAAGGGCAAACCAGAGGGCUCCUUGGGGACUUUAAUGAUGAUGGAACAGACGACUUCAUUAAGCCCAAUGGGAUUGCCGUGCCCUAUGAAAAUCUCACUGACCAGACACUACAUGAAUUUGGACAGUCAUGGCAAAUCAUAGAGACAGAGAGUCUCUUCAGAUAUCCAGCUGGAAUGAGUUUCAGUGACUUUACCUUCCCGGAUCAUAUCCCACCGUUCUUGAGUGACGUCGUGGCCAGUGCAUCAGCUGAUAUUAUCAGCAGCUGCACUGGAAACGAGCAGUGCAUCUUUGAUGCGGUUCAGACCGGUGAUCCUAACAUUGGAAUGGGCACACUUGACACUGUAACCAACAACAACGAAGAUGUCGUGGUAGCAAACAACUUCCCACCAAGUCUGGUUGGACCAGCCACUUUCAGAGUCAAUGUUGGGUCACCUUCCGUCUACACCUUCACUGCCACAGACAGUGAUGGUGUAACUGUCUCAAUACAGGGUCCAGGGGCCAAUGAUUACACACUCAUUCCCAAUGGGAAUUCCUACACUCUCAGCCUCUCCGUGGACGCAACUUUUACCUAUGACAUAACGAUUGAGGCAUCAGAUACGAUGGGUGCCAUAUCUACUCUGAGUCCCCGCGUGGAGAUCUGUGCCUGUCAGAACGGAGGAAACUGCACACUGAACGGACUCUUGGGGAUUGAUACAAACGUUGUCGACAUGCUCUGCCAAUGUGACCAAGGUUGGGAAGGCAGGUACUGUGAAUCUGACAAAAAUGGCUGCUCGGAGGUGAUUUGCUUCCAAGGAGUGGAAUGCUACGACGUCCCUGCCCCGGGGUCUGGAGCAGUCUGCGGUAUUUGUCCAUCAGGAUAUGUGGGAGACGGAGAGAAAUGCACUGAUGUGGACGAAUGUAAUGGAACCAGCAUUUGUAUGCAAGUGUGCAUCAACACCCCCGGAAGCUUCGAAUGUGGUUGCGAGCAGGGCUAUGAGCUCUCUGGCACCACUGACUGCAUCGAUGUUGACGAGUGCCUGUUGGAACUUGACAACUGCCUUCAGAUAUGCACAAACGCCCCAGGCUCAUUCAGAUGCUCAUGCCAAGCCGGUUUCGAAUUGGACGAUGAUGGGAGAACCUGCAACAAUGUCGAUGAAUGCCAGAACAACAUCUGUGAAGACAGAUGCAAAAACACAGUGGGUUCAUUUGAAUGUGACUGUGGCAACGGUUACACCCUCGGUCCAGACCAGAGAAAGUGUGAAGAUAUCAAUGAGUGUAUCCAGAUUGACAAUCCCGUGUGUAGUGGGAAAAAGGUGUGCCAGAACAAUGCAGGAAACUACGCGUGUGAGUGCCCUCCUGGAACUAAAGAAAGCAACGGGGAUUGUGUAGAGAUGGAAAUAACAGAGCCGCCUGUACAAGUCAUCCCAACAGACAAACCACCACUGGAUACCACUCUCGGCAGACAGAACAGCGUAAAUGUGACACUUCGUUCAAGCAAAGAGGAGUUUGACGUGCCAGCACAGUUCAAGUUUAAGCUGAGUGUUGCCAGUGAAGUGAACCAGUAUUGCCUGAAAAAUCCCCAGCAAUGCGGAGGUGAUAUGAUAGAAGUCGAUUCCAGUGAUGUCAUAAUUCUCGAUGAGGUCUUGAACGAUGCCAACGGAAAAGCCACAUUCCUUAUGUUUGUGUACACCAAGAACCCAACCGAUGUACUGAGCGGUAAAAUCCUGGAGCUCAUACUGACGUCUGUGACUGGAGUUGCAGAUGUAGCCGCAGUUACCAGCGAGGGUGGUGAGAGUGUUUCCAGUAGUGGUCUGUCUGGUGGAGAAGUUGCUGCAAUCGUUAUCGUCAUCCUUGUGGUGGUGAUUGUGGUACUUAUUGCGACGGUCAUAAUCCUCGCCAAGGUGAAGAUAAUCCCUAAGCCACAGAUGCAAAUGAUUUCCAAUCUCUCAAUGGACAUUUUCCGCUCCCAAGACCGGAGGAGCAGUAUGCUCAUAGAAGAAGGAGAUGGUGAGUCAAUGAAGGACACAGUGUCUGUCAGUGGCGUAGAGAUGGGGGCGGCUGAGGCCAAGGCAAAGGAGGCGGCAGAGGAAAAUGAGAAGGAAGCUGAGAAAGAGGAAGUGAAGGUCGACCUCUCAAAGGCAGAGGAGGCUGAAGAAACUGUUUAAUUACCUAAAAAUAUAGCUUGUAGUGUAGAUAUUUUGGACCGACUGACUGCUGACUUUGUUUUAGUUGUGGUACUAUAGCUAUUGCUUCCUUUACUGUAUUAUAAUAUGCAAAUGAUGUAUUGAUGCACGCAGUAUAAUAGGAACAUCUGCGGCAAGC